AUGGAAUUAAAAAAUAGAAUGAUGAAUGCUAUAGUUAUGUGGAAAUAUGAGUUUUAUAAUGAAGAAGUGUAAAAUAACCAAGUAGAAAAAUAAAAUCAAUCAAUUCAGGGAUAGUAUGAUAAUUUUGAUGAUUUGUUUCACAUAUUUGAUUUUGGAUUGUCUCAUGAUCUUUAAUAUUUAGCCAUUUUUGAAGACAAAAUCAGAAAAAAGAAUAAUACAUCAAGGAGAUUCAAAGGGAAUUAAAAAAGUGAUUUAAGAAUAAAAUUAUACGAAGUAAAAUCAAACAAAGUUAUUUUUGAAAGUAGUUUAUUAUGCAGAGGAUUUCUUAAUAUAAAUUUUCAUUUUUCUAAAGAUUCAAAAUUUUUAAUUUGUUAAGGGUAUUCGGAUGGUUAUUUAAUAAUAGAUAUUUAAUAGAAGAAAGAAUUUCUCUUUAAUAAUUUAGAAGAAACAUGUUUUAUUUUUUAGAUGGAUACAAUCAAUAGUUAUUAUAUAAAUAAAAAUAAUAAAAUAUUUCAUAUCAAUGUAGAAUAGAUCAAUUUGCAAUAGGAAAAAGAAAUAUAUCUUAAAUUCAAUUUUAAAUUCAUCCUAUAUUUCAAAUCAUUUUUAAUGAAAUUUGCCUUAAUAAGUACAGAGUUAUUCCAAUAUAUAAUUUAUCUUGAAAAUUGCAAAGUUAUUAAAUAAAGAAAAAAAUAAACUGAUGUUAGAAAAUAAUUAAUCAUUUUUAAAAAUUGUCUGAUUAUUGAAUAAGAAGAUAUUUAUGAAACAGAAUAUUCUGUUAGAUUAUUAAAUAGUGGAAAAUUAUUAAGAAGAAUAAAGAAUCUUGUUGGAAAUUCAGGUAAUAUAUCGUAAGAUGAUUAUGGAGUUUAUAAAAAUUCAUUUUUAAGUAUUGAAGAUAAUAAUCUUUAAUAAAUUAAAAUAUUCGACUUUUUAAGAGGAAAUUCGAAAUAAAUAUCUUAUAUAAUUAAUUCAUAACAUAAAGAUUUAUAUUAAAUCUCCAAAUAAUACAAUUAAUCUAUAUUCACUAUGAUAAUGAGUGGAUUAUAUACUUAAAUAACAUCCUAUGUUUUAAGAUGA